UACAUCACAUGAUUUUGAUCCUACUACAAAUCAACUGCUGCGGACUUAUCAGGACUUCUCCACUGUAAAUGACACAAGGAACAACUGAUUAAAUUGUGGGGGUGUUUCUUAGCCCCAUCAAUUCCCGCCGCCCGCUAUGUAUUUAGGUCAUGUGAUUCGGUGUCCGUACAUAACAUACACAUGCAUAACACAUGCCUGUGCUUAGCACAAGAUCAUUUUGUUUGUGGGUACAUCUAUAUUAAAUGGACACAUUCUAUGUUGCCGUGAUUUUUGAUCAUCAAUAACUAAUAAAAAAUGCUGCAUUUUUACAAAAAUAUGCUGCAUUUCUGACAGUUCCCCAAUGGGAAUGAACAGCCUUGGCGGAGUACUGCACACUCUGAGGGCUUUUCUAUUUUUUUUUUUUUUUUUAACUUUACUUGGACAUUUGAACUUUGCAAUGCAGACCAUGCAUGAGACCAAUGAAACACAAAAUCAGAGACAGAAGUGAAAAGAAAAGGGCAGGACUUCUCAAAAAUGUAAACCAUGUAAGUGUAAGUACACACCAUUCAUUAAAAUAUACUAAAGGGACAAAUUAAAUAUAAAAAAUUAAGGCCUUUACCGGUACAUUGCUAGACCCCAAUGAGGCAGAGGGUUGUGGUGUGAUAGGAGGGAAGGAGUUCUACUCUCUAGCUCAAAACAGUUCAGAGCAUACACACAACCAUUCAUAAAUCCACAACAAAAAUUAUUUGAGCCAGUGCAAGACACAGAAAAAACGCUGAACUGAACUGUGCAGUGGUGAGAGUGGUCCAUUAGUCACAGUGGACCCCUGACCUGAGUAGCCAUAUGGACCUCCUUCUGUUCAGGAUUUGCAUAAACACCAAAAACUGUGUUGCUUUGUUGGCAAGUUUAGAAUGAGUAUAUUAAUAAACAAACUUUACAAAGAAAAAAUCACCAUGUGGAAAAAUGUCUACCAUGUUUAGAAUGUUAAUUCUAAACAUGUUUUAUCUCAGGAGCCACCGUGAAUUUCACAAGAGAACAUUUUAGGAAACUAUAAACCUCAGUGAGUACAAACACAAUCCCAAAUCCAUGUUUGUGCAACAUGUAUUCUACAUAUCCAGUCAUCUUAGCACAAGUAACCUGAGUCGCAAGUUGACAGUCAGGAGAAAGCUCACAUUCUAGGACAUAAAAGACAGAUACUUCAAAACCCAAAAGCAGCAGACUGGAGAGACUGAAGUGUCUGCCCUAUCUUUAGUAAAGGGAAAGACGUUGAUUUGUGAGAUGAUUUUGCAAAACAACUUCAAGUUUCUGUUCAUCGUGUCUUUCCUAAAAAACAGCAUGAAUUCUGUGGAUUUUGGGAUGUAUUUACUGCAUGAUCAGACUUUGCUUUCAUUGAUAUGCACCAUUUCCCUCAAUUCAAGUAAACAUUAAAACAACUUAGAACUUCAACUUGAUAUAUCACUAGAAAAAACAUGUAUAAAACUGAUCCUCCUGCAGGGCCGAUCUGGGUGCAUCUUCUAGAAGCUGUGCUGAGUCCAAGAUACAGUGCUGGUCUGCUGUUUCAUUUCUGAAUGACUUACACACAUUUCGACAACAAGAACAGGACACACUUGCAGUCCUGGGCGAGAGGCUGCAUGAGGAGAGCCUGCGACUGCUGUGUCUGCACAUCAGAUUGGCAACUCUUAGAAUUCAGAGAGAAAAAAUGUCUUACAGUGCUCUUCUAGCUGCCCGGCAGUCCUGGGACUCAUGGCCUCAGGUGAACAGUCCAUGCAGGGCAGAGCAGGUCGCCUUGUGGCUACACGACGAAGGGGAAGAGGAGGACUUCACGACAGAACAGCAGGUUGUGCUGCAGCUGCUGGUGCUGACUCAGGAGCAGGAGAGGAAGCACCUGGUCAGGUUGGUACACAGGAUCUCCCCAGAGGAUCUGCAGGGGCCAGGCUGCACAGAGCCUCCAAAAGAGGAGACUCAUAUGGAGGCUGCAUUAAGAAAUGGCUGUAUAAAACGGCUGAGGGAAAUUCAUGCUCACCUUCAGACACGCAGCGGCACACUAUCCCAGCCUGAAUUGCAGGUCCAGGGAGAAUGGUCCCAACCUCACCUAGAGGAUUGCACAAUGCUCCUCCUGACCCAUCUGACGGAGCUUCAGGAGGUCCAAGCUUCUGCUUUACUGCAAGCACUGAUGGACGAGAAUGCUCCGCUUGUCCAAGCUCUGCGAGAAAGAUAUGAAUCUGAAAUCCAAGCACAAUGCUUCACCAACCUGCUCCACCUCCUGACUUCAGAUGCACCUCCUACUAAGCUGAUUCAUUAUCCAAGCUUGAUUGAAAACAGCAACAAUGAGCAAAUCAUAGCUCAGUCACCUUUCACGGGACAAGUUGAGGUCCAAAACGCCAGUGGUGGAUCAGCUGAAGCUCAGACUGACGAUUCAAUCAAAGGAGCCAGCAAUGAAGUCCAAAACGCAGAUGGGACUGACAAGCAGGAUGUCUGCUCAGGUUGUGGUGCGAUCAUGGAGGACCUGCCCUACUUGGAGAUCUUGUGUGUGUCAGAUGCAAAAAGUAAUGUUCACGAGGGCCUCGCUGCAGAGGGGGGAGCCCAGACAGAAGAAGAGGACAGUGCACCAAAGAGUCCACAGAGCUACGAGAAGCAAGGCUCUUUGAUCACUCUGGCUUGGAGCAAACCACCAGAGGAUGACACAGACUAUGAGGCAGAAGCUGCAGAUGGAGGAACAGGACAGAGUCAGGAUGUUGAGAGCAGUUUGACGACCCAAGUCCAACCGGCACAAUGUGAAGAGACAGUUCCGGAGAAAGACAGAGAAGAUCUGAAACCCUCUCUGUUACAGUCUGGUUCUCCAGGUCACUGUGAAGCACAGACUGGAGAUGAGCAAAGCCACACAGUAGAACAGCUAACCUUGAGUAAGAGAUCAACAGCUGACCGAGCAGACGAGGAAGAAGCUGCAUGUGAAUGUGACCUGCGAACACAAGCUUCGGUCACAGAGAUUCUGCAGGCCACAGAACGGUUUUUGGCUGAUUCCUCUGAAACUGACCCACAUGCUGAUGACCUCUGCUCUGGAGAGUCCGAUAACACAGUGACUGAGGUGGAAAUGUGUCCUACCGCAACAGAGUCUGAGCUGUGGGAUCUGACAGGGCCUGAACCUGAUCACCAUGAAGACCAGAAAUAUUCUCCAGAUGCAACAGUAGACUGUAGGAAGGAAGUGAGAGAAUCCACUUUAAUGGACAGAGCACGAGUGACAGAACCAGUGUCUGCAAUGGAGAGAGAGAGGACGAUGCGUAAUCUGGUGGACAUGCAAAAAAAGGUUGAACAGAAACAGCAGAGAGACAGAGAGAGACAACUGCUGAGGGUUCAAGAGCGUCUGUCGAUCGUCCAGAACAGAAAGGCAGAGGAAGACCUGCUCGGCCUGAAACACACCGACAGAUUAAGACACGUCACGCAAGAUCUACCGAUGGAAGACAAGAACCAGCAGAAGACUGUUGUCAGAGAGCGACUGGAGCAGCUCAGAAGAGAGCGCUCUUAUAUCAUGCAGUCAAAAAGAGACAGGAAUACUGCAGGAUUUAAGGAACUCCUUGGUCCAGUUGCCCUCCAUAGCAGAGAAACAGAGGAUGGAGAAGACUGAAAAAAUAGCAGCUUAUACUUGUUAUAUUAAGAAAAAUAAUCUUCAUAAAUCCUGUAUUCAUCAUAAAUGUAAAUGCUGCCCGACAUCCAACCAUAUACUGCAACAAAUGUAUGAUUUUCUACGCAUUUACAGUUUACUGAGCCUCCAUUUUUCAAACAAUAGCCUGUGUUUAAGUGUAGUUAUGCAACUUUUAUAUCACUAGUGUUGUUCCUUUUUUUGUGGUCAUAUACUGUAAGUGUACAUUAAGAAACUGCAGAAUGCACCCUGCAAACAUGAAACACAUCUCAACAAACUUGUAGUUAUUAUACAGUUUAAUUAUCAUCUUGACAACCAUAAGCAUUAACAAUAAUGUAAUUUAUCAAUGACCCCCAUUAAUUGUGUACACAUUAUCCCCCUGUGGCCUAAAUUACAUACACAAUGAGUCACAGAGGUACAUGUUAACAGUCUACAGUGGUCCCAUUAACUUUCCUACAUGUGAACAAAACAUUUAUAUGUUGGCUCCGUUUGCCACAAUUCACAUGUGAAACAAAAUGUUGGGACUACAAAACGGCACUGCUGUAGACUUUGAAUGCACCUAUGGACUGGAACUGUAUUUACAGGUGUGUGGGGAUGGGAGUUUUGUAACAUGUCAAGGGUCAUAGGUUUGGCUAACAACUCUACAAUGGGGGGAUAUGUAUAUUACAGAGGGUUUGGUGCGGGCCCAGUGGUUUUACUGCAGGAGAAGAGGACCUGUCAGUCCUGGUGAACAGAGGGAAAGUAAGUGUCUACAGGGGGGAGAUUCUCAGCAAAUAAACAUUCAGUUUUUUCCUCCUUAACUAACUUUAUAAUGUGUCCACUCACACAGCAGUCCAACACAAAGCAGGAAUACCUACCACCCCUAAGAAGCCAGAACAUUCCACAGAAGCUCCCACACACUGAGCCACUGCAAUACAUAGAUACAAAAUACAGUGUGUCCUCAGCUGAAAUUAGGAGUACACAACUUCAAGUUCUGUGGUCUCAAACACACUAACAUUCACACAAACAAAGACAGCAAAGCUCAAAAUCCAGACUAAAAAAAAAAAAAAAAAACAUAAUGCCUGAUUGGCAGGUGCUAUGCUCAGGGCUUUAAUAUUGUAAAAGCAUGACAGCUACGAACUUAACAGAACCAGCAAAUCCCAUCUUCAAAAUAUGACAAAUCACCGUAGAGGAUGAGGUGGCCUUAAUGUGCGGUUCUCCGUACAGAGGACACACUUUAGGGGAUGUAUUCAGGUUAGCUCUUACGGCAGCAGGGCACUUCAAUAGCAGUGACACUGAAAUUUAAACAGCUGUGGUGUCAGAUUUCUCUGUAGUGUCUGGACCCUGGAUCUACAUGGCCAAGAUCUUCAGCAAGAAGCAGCAUGCGCUUGUGUGUGACUGACUAAACUACACCUUUUACAAGAUAGUCAACAAUAUUUGCAUUUUAUACACUAGACUUGUGUUUCCCACAGUGAAAGGUAAAAGCUUAGGAUGAAAACAGGGAGGUCCAAGUCAAGUUCAGUCAGUGAACCUCUGAGAAUGAGACCAUCUUCUUGCUGGAGUCUUUGAUGAGCACUACUGUCCAUAAACACAAAAC